AUGCCUAUAGGAUCUUUCCUACAGGCAAUACGCCAAAUUCACUCCGGGUCUCCGGCAACAAAUGGCGUUAACAACGACAAGUUUCUCGCCCGCUUUUGGGACAUGCUCUCGCGGACUUGGGACCUUGGCUUCACAUCAUUUGGUGGCCCUCCUGUUCACUUUCGAAUUUUCUAUCAACGCUUUGUUGAAGGAAAUGAAGGGAAGCCGCCAUGGAUAGACGAACAGACGUACCAGGAACUAUUUGCAAUAUGCCAGGCUUUACCGGGUCCUGGAAGCACAAAGAUGCUGUUUUGUAUUGCUUUGAUACAUGCUGGCUUUUUUCCAGCAGUAUUCAAUUUGCUCGUCUGGAGCUUACCAGGUGCUAUUGGCAUGUUUGGACUUUCUCUUGGGGUACAAAGACUGGAUGAUGUCCUGCCCAAUGUAGUGUAUGCCCUACUUUCAGGUCUCAACGCAUCUACCGUAGGAAUUAUUGCCUUAGCCGCUGUUCAGCUAGCUGAAAAGUCUAUCAAGGACACCAUCACUAGACUGCUUGUCAUUCUUGGAGCUUGUGCCGGUUUAUGUUAUAACUCAUUAUGGUAUUUCCCAACCUUGAUGGUGAUAGGUGGCUGCUCUACUGCAAUAUGGGACCUUUACGGUCAACAGAGUCUCUUGGCUUUAAAGCGCAAGAUUCGAAGACAAACAGCACCUGCCGAGCAACCUGCCGAAGAAACUGUCGUUCAGACGACCAGCUCGCUACAACGGUCUUCAGUGUCAUCUAACGUCCAAAGGCGAACCGUCCACUCCAGAACCGAUGAUACGAACGAAAGCAUUCUCCCUCUGAAUUCUAGGCCUACCAGCGACGUAGCCGGAACAAAUGUACACGAAAUCGGUGCAAGUCCUCGGUCGCUCUCUGUCAAAUGGGGAAUAUUGAUCAUUCUAGGAUUCUUUGCUACUUUCGUCGCGGUUCUCGUUGCCCGGGGUAGCGUAAAGAACCCUCCAUUGGAGCUAAAUCUUUUUGCAAACAUGUAUUUAGCUGGAACCGUUAUCUUCGGUGGUGGUCCAGUUGUAAUCCCCCUUCUCCGCGAAUAUGUUGUUCAACCUGGCUGGGUCUCAUCCAGAGAUUUCCUGAUAGGGCUAGCACUUAUCCAGGCAUUCCCAGGCCCUAACUUUAAUUUUGCGGUGUUUCUGGGAGCUCUUGCUGUUGCAUCUACCAAGUCCCCAACAGUGGUUGGGGCACUGAUGGCCUAUGUUGGAAUCUUUUUCCCAGGCAUCACACUCGCUGUCGGCUUUCAGAGCUGCUGGAGAUAUGUGAGGAGAUACCCACUUACUACCAGUGUGCUUCGUGGCAUGAAUUCAACGGCUGUUGGACUUGUUUUUACUGCUGUGUAUCGUCUGUGGGAGAUCGGAUAUUUGACAUCUGAAGCCUCUUCUGGUCAAAGUCUAGGCAAAGAGCCAUUUUGGUUGGUUGUAGCUGCCUUGACAUAUGCUGAAAAUGCAUGGUUUAAGGUUCCUCCUGCCAUUGCCAUCAUUUUCGGCGGAAUACUAGGCUUGUGCUGGUAUGGUGUCGUUGGGAGAUAA